ACUGUAAAUAAUUAAAAAUUAGGACGUGAUAAAAAAAUGACUUGUUUUUAUACAAAUUGUGGAUGUGUUGUCUAGUGAUAAUUCUUGUGCCUUAUUAAUUUAUUUUAGGUGAUUAUAUAGAAGUUCAUUAGUUUUGCUUAGUUCAACGCUGUUAUAAUGGAGGGUAUAUACAAAGUCAAGUUAAUACCCAGCGAUCUCAGUACUGAGGAAACCGUACUCCAAAUAGCGGACACACUUGACAAUCUGAACGGUAUCAUUGACGACGUGUUCUCCCGUCUUGAUGCUCGUAUUAAUCACAACUUGGAUAAGACGAAUAAACUGAGGAAACGAAUCGAAGUCUCUCGAACAAAAGCCGAACAAUUAGUAGGGAUGCAGAAGGCUAUAAAAGUGUUCUCUAGCGCGAAGUAUCCGGCAGCUAUUACGCACGAGCAUUACCUAUCUGUGUUCGGCUUGGAUGGAUAUCAACACCAGCCGAGGAAAGUAACCCUGAGCGGUAAAAGUCAGGGCCAAGCUGCCGGCAAAGAUGUACAGGAAAAGCUGCAUUUCUACCACGUGAAAAUAGCGGAACCAAGGAGCGCUCCAAAAAAAGAUUACGAUCUAAACGCCGUAAUGGAAAAUGUAAAAACAGUCGGAGAACUGUUGAUAUUCAACACAGACGAGAGUCCAUACCUAGGGGCCCCUAGCAAGCCCGCUUACGUGCCUAAGAUCAACCCUAACGUUGAGAAUAAGAGUUUGUUAGAGGAUGCCCCGUCUUCCAUCAUGAGGAGGGAAGUCAUGAAGAGAGAGGCCGAUGAAUACAUGUACGCGCCCGGCAUUGGGAUGGUACCCGAACUGGAAAUGCCCCUGGACCUCCCCCACUUGCCCGGCAUAGCGGGCGACGUCCAGUUCUCCAUAGCGGCGGACGGCUCCAUUGCUCCAUCCGUCGUGACGUCACCCAUGUCGCCUGUGACGUCACCGAUUCCCGAAGCCGAACUGACAGAUCUUCCAGACCUCCAAGAGUUGGACAUGGCGAUUCCCGUGCCUGACGUGCCGGAUGCUCCUCCGGCGCCGGCGGUUGUGCCGGAGCCGCCAAGGCAGGCUUUGCCUCCACCCCCGCCUCCCCCACCGCCGCCGCCACCACCUCCUAUGGAAACCGUCACAACAACAAGCAUCGCAAGGGAGCAGUCAGCAGCGGCGCCCGCGCCUGCCGGUGACGCCCACGCGAACCUGAUGGCCGCCAUCCGGCAGGCCGGGGGCGCGGGCCGGGCCAAGCUGCGCCCCGCCGCGGACGCAGCGCCCGCUAAGGACACGAAAGCCAGCGGCGGCAAUCUGAUGGCGGACUUGCACGCCAAACUGUCAAUGAGGCGGCGCGGCAUCUCGGGGGCGGAGCGCGGGGGCUCCGUGCUGCACACCUUAGCCAGCAUCAUCCCGGAGCCCGACCCCUCGUCCCAGCAGGACUCUUCCACGGACGACGACUGGGAGUGACACCGUCAACGUCAACCAGCAGUGACGGACGUGCCAGUAAGCCUAGGGCGCCACAUUUUUGGGGAUGCCCAAUUUCAAAGCACGUUCUACUAUAGCCCGUUAGUUUAGGUACUUGAAGAAAGGUAAACAAUCUUUUAGAAGAAAGGUAAAGAAGUUUUUUUUAUUGAAAUAAUCACUUUGACAAUCAUAAUUUUUGCACAUUAGAACUUAUUUUAUAAAUCAUAAAUAACAUUAUUAAUAUGUUAUGUGUUAGUACAUAAUUUUUAAUGUGUAUAUUGUAUUACAAUACAAAGACAUGUCAAAUUUGUGCACCAACUUUUAUGCAACUAAACAAAUAUAUUGUAGUGCAUAAUCAUGUCAAUGACACUAAAGUGGGAAGAAACGGAUAUAAUGAGGAUAAAAGGUGCAAGUUGAAUGAUAGAAUAAUUGUUAUCAAUAAGAUUGCAAUCUAGAGUAUCGACAAUUUGAUAACCUUGCUAUCUGCUAGUUACGGCCUCUCAACAAGUUUCAGACAGAUUUAUAUCCAUUCAGCUGAAAAAUCCAGUUUAGGCCCAUCUCGGCCAAUCUGUCCUCUGGGUUCGAACGUGGUUCUCAUGCCCGUUACACACCAUCGCCGAACUCAGAUGCCGACGCUAAUUAAUGAACGUUGCGUAGCCUGUACGUGAGCUUUUAAUUAAAUAUUGGAUGGGUUAACAAUCUGUGCGUUACCAUACUUGACCCGACCGAAGAUCAAAAUUAGGAACUUUCAAAAGUCAAUUAGAAAAGUAAUUUUAUUCAACAGUAUCGACGCCCACACUGAACCAGAUAAAUUUAUUCCUGUAUGUGUGAACGUUAAAGUUUAUGCAUGUGGGCCUUUAAGUCCUAGUUGACCCUCGUUUUCCUUGUAUUCCCAGCGACACAUUGUAUGAACAAUUCUUCUUUUGCGCGGAGUCUAGUACCCUUUUUUAACGCUUUACAAACAAUGCAACUCUUAAUGAAGCUAUUUUAAUUACCCGCAGGACCUCGUUAAAAUAGCUUCGUUAAGCCUAGGAAAAAAUGUUGAUGUUAUAUUUAGGGUAGAUUUGUAAAGUGCACACAAUGCUGUGUAUAGGUUACGAGCGUGUAUUAAGAAAUAUUAUAGAAUAUUGCGCAAGCAUUUUCUUUGAAAUGCAAAGUCUUUAUCUUUACUUAAUCGUUAUUGGAAAUGUUAGGAAUUUAGCGUGCGUAUUUGAAUUGUGAGCCAUUAAAAUGAAAUUGAAUUCAAGUAAAUAUACAGAAAUACUAGAUAGAGGCUGCGUUGUGUUUCCAGUUAGUCGUUAAAUGUAGUCGAGUCGUUUUUACAUCUGAUGUUGCAUACGAUUACAUGAUAGUUACAGGCGAAUUAAAUAUUUUAUACAUUUAGCUUGAUCUGUCACAAAGUAUUUAUUUUUAUGCGCAUAAGGUAAAAAUACUGCAAGCAUGAAAAUACUGCGAAUUCUCAGAAACAAUGUCUGUAGUCUGUAGGCUCCAAUCGUGUAUUGGGGCCUUGUCAAAUUGCUUGUGUGCGCGACGUUUAUAGGCCGUUUACGAUCGACGAGUUGUCGCACAUGUUUCGAGUUACGACUUGCGCCUGCGCAGUGACACCGAGGGCCCCAUCUCGAGCUCAUUACAAACAGAGAUCGGAAAAGGGCUCUCUCGUUCCGGGAGGUUAUUACUAUAAUCGCGUUUCUCACUAGCGGCUAUCUUGCUUUCGUUUCUGGGAAGGUGCGCGGGCGCAUUAAGUCUUCCCCGCAAACUAUCAACCGGUCGACUAAUCGCCCGAUUUCCAGAAUCGACCCACAGAUAGACGGAUAAUAGCGACUUCGAGCAUUUACGCGGAAGUCGAUUGCACGACAUUUUCGUUCGAUAAUUAGUUUAUUACACUCGUUAAUUCUCCAUAACGAAUGCUCUGUUGUUAUUCGAGUAAUAACUAAGCAUCUGGUUGGUAAUGGUUUCGUGGAGGUUAGGUCGCAUGCGCGGAGGCGAGAGGCCCGGCCGAGCGUUUUAGAUAACAACCGUAAUUAUCGUGGAACAGUUUAUUAUAGUAUUAUCACA